CGAACCUUUUCACCUGAGGCUCCUGAUUUCUCACAAUCACAGUUCUGAGCUCACUAGCAGUUUAGGAACUAAAGCCUCUAGAGCAAUUUUAUUAUCUGAACCAGAGAAGAUCUCAGGCUUCGGUGGCUUGAUGGAUAGAGAAAUAUUUUGUUCAUUAUCUUUCAAUUGUUAUUAUUUGUAAAGUUUACAACUACAUAGAGUUCACAGCGGCUUGAUUCUCUUCCUUGUCUCGGCGAGAUCUCUUCUGUAUACCAAGAGUUUUAGAGACUACUAAGCAAGAGUGACUAGGGAAGGAGUCUGACUUAACGGCCCAAACUGAGUCAUCUUGUACACCUGAGUACUAAGAGCCCACUCAGCGUACUGUUCUAGGCCCCUACAUUCAUUCAGCAGCCAUUCACUGAGUCACCCAGAGCGAUGUUCAGUCCUGCAGUCUCCAUUCAUGGUGGAUUUUCCGAAAAGACAUCUGAAUGGAGCUCCGAAGAAGAGGAGCCUGUAAAAAAGGCAGGACCUGUCCAAGUCCUCAUCGUCAAAGAUGACCAUUCCUUUGAGUUAGACGAAGCCGCACUGAAUCGGAUCCUUCUCUCGGAGGCUGUCAGGGACAAGGAAGUUGUGGCUGUAUCUGUGGCUGGAGCGUUUAGGAAAGGAAAGUCGUUCCUGAUGGACUUCAUGCUCAGAUACAUGUAUAACCAGGAAUCAGUCGACUGGGUCGGAGAUUACAAUGAACCUUUGACUGGCUUUUCAUGGAGAGGUGGGUCUGAAAGAGAGACCACAGGAAUCCAGAUAUGGAGUGAAGUCUUCCUUAUCAAUAAGCCCGAUGGUAAAAAGGUCGCAGUGUUAUUGAUGGAUACUCAGGGAACCUUUGACAGUCAGUCAACUUUGAGAGAUUCGGCCACAGUAUUUGCCCUUAGCACAAUGAUCAGCUCAAUACAGGUAUAUAACUUAUCCCAAAAUGUCCAGGAGGAUGAUCUUCAGCACCUCCAGCUUUUCACUGAGUAUGGCAGAUUGGCAAUGGAGGAGACGUUCCUGAAGCCAUUUCAGAGUCUGAUAUUUCUUGUUCGAGACUGGAGUUUCCCGUACGAAUUUUCAUAUGGAGCGGACGGUGGUGCCAAAUUCUUGGAAAAACGCCUCAAGGUCUCAGGGAACCAGCAUGAAGAGCUACAGAAUGUUCGAAAACACAUCCAUUCCUGUUUCACCAACAUUUCCUGUUUUCUGCUACCUCAUCCUGGCUUAAAAGUAGCUACCAAUCCAAAUUUUGAUGGAAAACUGAAAGAAAUAGAUGAUGAGUUCAUCAAAAACUUGAAAAUACUGAUUCCUUGGCUACUUAGUCCCGAGAGCCUAGAUAUUAAAGAGAUCAAUGGGAAUAAAAUCACCUGCCGAGGCCUGGUGGAGUACUUCAAGGCUUAUAUAAAGAUCUAUCAAGGUGAAGAAUUACCACAUCCCAAAUCCAUGUUACAGGCCACAGCAGAAGCUAACAAUUUAGCAGCCGUGGCGACUGCCAAGGACACGUACAACAAAAAAAUGGAAGAGAUUUGUGGUGGUGACAAACCAUUUCUGGCCCCUAAUGACCUGCAGACCAAACAUCUGCAGCUUAAGGAAGAGUCUGUGAAGCUGUUCCGAGGCGUCAAGAAGAUGGGUGGGGAAGAAUUCAGCCGGCGUUACUUGCAGCAGUUGGAGAGUGAAAUAGAUGAACUUUACAUCCAGUAUAUCAAGCACAAUGAUAGCAAAAACAUAUUCCAUGCAGCUCGUACUCCAGCCACACUGUUUGUUGUCAUCUUCAUCACGUAUGUGAUUGCUGGUGUGACUGGAUUCAUCGGCUUGGACAUCAUAGCUAGCCUGUGCAACAUGAUCAUGGGACUGACCCUCAUCACCCUGUGCACCUGGGCGUACAUCCGCUACUCCGGAGAAUACCGGGAGCUGGGGGCUGUAAUAGACCAGGUGGCUGCAGCUUUGUGGGACCAGGGAAGUACAAAUGAGGCUUUAUAUAAGCUCUACAGUGCAGCAGCAACCCACAGACAUCUGUAUCAUCAAGCGUUUCCUGUACCAAAGUCAGAAUCUACUGAACAAUCAGAAAAGAAGAAAAUUUAACCCAAUUUUUAAAAUACAGGUGCAUGACAAAUUGUCAGUUAAAUAUUCAGUUUUAUGUCCUCAUGCAAACAUUCAAAGAGCUUCCAUCAAAACAGUAAAAUACCAAACACCUCUGAAUACUGCAAAAUGGCUGUGUUCUUUUACUUCAGUGUUUAAUAAGCAGAUGUAUGUAUGCAUGGUUAUAUCUUUUGUUAACAUGUACAGUUCCUUGAUUUCAUUUUCAAAUAUGCUGUUACAAAGUGUGUGUCUAUUUAUGAUGACAGUACAUGUGUUCUGCUUGAAUUUGCCAAAUUCUACUAUUGGGUUAUGAUUAAACCAUUUAGUGAUAUCAUUCCAUGUUUGGAUACGCUCAUUUAAUUUCUACAGAAAAAAAUUUAAAUUACUUUGCAUAGCAAAUUAUUAAAGCACAGCAUCAUGACUCAGCAGGCUCGAUUUAAUAUGUAUCAUAUUACAAAUACCAUCACUUAUUUUAAACACAUGUAAGAGCUUUUCAGUUGCUUUACCAAAAAAUAUAUAUUGCUUCUUUUAUACUAUGAUUUAAUAAUAUAGAAUAUAAACCUCUUGAUCAAAAAUGCACAAAAGAUCUCUCUAUAUGUAUUUGAGUUUCACUGCAUUGUAUAUUUUUUCAUUUGGUACACAAAGAAAUGUAUCCUUCAUAGGUUUAUUCUUUUAACAAGUCAACUAUUAUUAAUUAAAGUUUACUCUGGUUCCUAAGAUUAAAAACAAAUGCUUACUGAAUUUGAAAAUGUUUGGCAGGUUUCUCUCUCUCUUCAAAAAUUAAAAAUGCAGUUCUUUAAUGCUGACAUUGCACAUGUAAGUUUCUGUAUUAAAAGCACACCCUGUUAUGCUGAUACCUUUAUGUACCUUCCACUUCUUUUUUAAAAUUUAUUAUUUUUUUAAUAUACAUUAAAUCACAUUGUUUAGCUUACA